GGACAACACCUGACCUAGAGGAACAGGGGAAGAGAAGGGGCUGCUGGAUGCUGAUGUGCCUGGAGAUGCUGGGUUAGAGGAACAGGAAAAGACACAUCCACUUGGUAUGACCUGACUAGUACCGAGGGUGAGUUGUUAUAAAACACUCUGGACACACUGCUCUGACACCUCAUCCCUCUAGAUCAUGGUCAACCACAGCUCCCCAGCGGAAUUCCUCCUUCUGGGCUUCUCUGAACACCCAGGACUUGAAAGAAUCCUCUUCGUGCUCGUCUUAGCUUCCUACCUCAUGACUCUGGUGGGCAACACGCUCAUCAUCCUGUUGUCCAUGCUGGAGCCCAGGCUCCACUCCCCAAUGUACUUUUUCCUCUCCAACCUCUCCUUCUUGGACCUCUGUUUCACCACAAGUUGUGUCCCCCAGAUGCUGGUCAACCUCUGGGGCCCAAACAAGACCAUCAGCUUCCUAGGCUGCUCAGUCCAGCUUUUCAUCUUCCUGUCCUUGGGGACCACCGAAUGUGUCCUCUUGACAGUGAUGGCCUUUGACCGCUACGUGGCUGUCUGCCAGCCCCUCCACUACACCACCAUCAUCCACCCCCCCCGGGCAGUGCUGAGGAUUAACUCUGCCACAGCCUGGAGGAAGGCUCUGGGAACCUGCUCCUCCCAUCUCACGGUGGUCACCCUCUUCUACAGCUCAGUCAUGGCCAUCUACCUCCAGCCCAAAAAUCCCUACGCCCAGAAGAGGGGCAAGUUCUUUGGUCUCUUCUAUGCAGUAGGCACCCCUUCACUUAACCCUCUCAUAUACACCCUGAGGAAUAAGGAGAUAAAGAGGGCAUUCAGGAGGUUGCUGGGGAAGGAUGUGGACUCCAGGGAGAGCUGAGGGAGAGCUGCCUGAUGUGCUUUCUGAAUUAUGAAGCACUUCUUCAAAAUAUAAAAGUUUUAUACCUCAAAGGACACAAUCAAGAAAGUGAAUAAACAACACAAAGAAUGGGAGAUAAUAUAUACAAAUCAAUAUUUGAUAAGGGUCUUGUAUCUAAAACAUAUAGAGAACUCUUACAACUCAAUAAUAAAAAGACAACCCAAUUUUUUUAAUGGGCAAUAAGCAUGUGAAAAAAUAUUUGAUAUGAUUUAUCAUCAAUGGAGUGA